AUGGAUAAGGGAGCCACAUUGCGAGAUUUUGCUAAGACGAUGGUGAAUCUUAGCAGUAGUUUACUCUCAGCUAUGCUUUCGAUUCCGAGAAGUCGGAAUGUCGGAUGUGUCGAACUCCUUCUCAGCUUGGGAGACCCUCUCGGAGGACAAACCUCUGCUGUGCAUCGCAGUUCGACGCCCAGAGUCACCGCCACGCCACCAUGGAGCGGUAAACCGUUGUGGAGGUACUCUGUGGUUGUCAAAGCCGAUCUUAGAACUGGAACUAGUAAAGUGUGGUUGAAAGAUGCUGAAGAUCAACUAUGUGCCGAACCAAUCUUGGUUAAUAAACCAGGAUACGCGAAAGAGGACGAGGGGGUACUCAUUGUCCCAGUGAUCACAACACGUGAUAAUGACCACCCGUAUGUGGUGAUACUAGAUGCGGAAACUAUGGAAGAACAAGCUCGCUUUACUAUUCCACAAUCCAGGAUUCCAUUCGGUUUUCAUGCUCAUUACACACCAUCGAAGGAUUGCCGAUAG